GUCCCCUAUUAUUACAAUUCACAACUAAUUCUCUUCAUUCUUCCCUUCAUAAUCUCUUUUUACAUACUUCGUUUUAGUUCAUUCACUCCCUUCUCCCACAAUUCACAUUUUCCUCUCCACCAUCAAGUCCCUUAUUAGUACAAUUGAUCACAUUCACAACUAAUUCCCUUGAUCAUUUCUUGGUCUUGUUAGUUAAUUCAAUUCAAUUCAAUCAUCUGAAAGCAUGGCCGAUAAGCAGCCACACUUGAACGGUACCUAUUACGGUCCCGCCAUUCCCCCGGCGGAACAACCACGCAAUCGCCAUCACCACGGAAGAAGCUGCUGUUGCUGCCUCUUUGGAAUCUUGUGGAAGAUUCUGGUUGCACUCAUCGUCCUCGUUGGCCUCGUAUUCCUCAUAUUCUGGCUGGUGGUUCAACCCCGCUCCUUCAAGUUCCAGGUCACGGAAGCGGACCUAACCCAAUUUGAUUACUACACCAACAAUCACACUCUCCACUACAACAUGGUGCUCAACUUCACUGCACGCAACCCCAACAAGAAGCUCAGCAUAUACUACGACAAAGUUGAGGCAUUAGCAUUCUACGAGGAUGCCAGGUUCGCCAAUUACGAUGUCAUAACUCACAUGAACUCCUUCCGCCAGUACAAGAAGAGCACCAGCCCCAUGAGCGCCGUUUUCUCGGGGAAGAAGGUGUUGAUGCUCAACAGCGAACAAGUCUCUAAGUUGAACCAAGACAAGAGUGAUGGGGUUUAUGACAUCUACGUGAAGCUCAACUUCAGGAUUCGGUUCAGGCUCGGGGACUCCAUAUCCGGUAACUUGAAGCCCAAGGUCAAAUGUCACCUCAAGGUUCCCUUCAGUAAAACUGGCACCUUUACUCUCUUUGAGACCACCAAAUGUUCUGUCCAUUUCUAAGGAUCGACUACUACACAGUACACACUUCAUUUCUUUGAUUCACUCUCUUUAAUUACCCAUUAUUUUAUAUUUUAAUAAUUAAUUGUGUGUUUUUUUGUCAUUGUUUUAUUCCUUUUGUAUCUACAAUGUAUGUUCUAAGCAAUAAAUUAAUUUGUUUUUGAUACUUC